UUUCAUGCCUUUUUGUACAAGCUCCAAAACACUCGACAGAGAGAGGGUCCACAGUCCACCAGUUGAGAGAAAUGGCAGCGAUAACUCGGUUGCAGCAACUGCAACUCCUCCACCCUCCUCUCACCCUCAGGCGUUCCCUUCCCUUUCACAAGCCCAAACAACUCACUCGCUCACGCCCUCGCAGUUUCUCCACCUCUCCAAUCCUCUGCUCCAACAAUUCUCACAACACCCCCGAGAGCUCGGCUUCAAAGGUGGGAGCAAAUGCGUCAAUUGUUGGGGAUCUACUCGACUACCUCAACGAGUCUUGGACUCAUUUUCAUGCUACGGCUGAAGCGAAAAGACAACUAAUUGCUGCUGGUUUUCAUUUGCUGAAUGAGAAUGAUGAGUGGGACCUCAAGCCUGGUGGAUGCUACUUCUUUACACGAAACAUGUCUUGUUUGGUUGCAUUUUCUGUUGGAGAGAAGUAUACUGUUGGUAAUGGUUUCCAUGUGAUUGCUGCACACACAGACAGUCCAUGUCUAAAAUUAAAACCAAGAUCUGCAUCAUCCAAGUCUGGAUAUCUAAUGAUCAAUGUGCAGACAUAUGGAGGUGGUUUAUGGCAUACUUGGUUUGAUAGAGACCUAAGCGUAGCAGGCAGGGUCAUAUUGAGAGGCAGCAACGGUUCCUUUGUGCAUAAGCUUGUCAAAGUGAAGAGACCUCUGUUACGAAUACCAACACUGGCCAUUCACCUUGACCGCACAGUGAACAAGGAUGGAUUUAAACCAAAUGUAGAGACUCAACUAAUUCCAUUACUGGCAUCGAAACUAGAAGAAGCGUCUGUGGAGACAAAAGAGAAAAGUACCACAACAUCUUCAAAAGCGGCUCAUCAUCCAUUGCUCAUGCAGGCUCUCUCGGAUGAGCUCAAUUCUAACAUUGACGACAUAGUGAGUAUUGAGCUGAAUGUUUGUGAUACACAACCUAGCUGCCUUGGAGGUGGAAACGAUGAAUUUAUUUUUUCAGGAAGGUUAGAUAAUCUUGCCUCAAGUUAUUGCGCGUUAAGGGCUCUCAUUGAUUCAUGUAAAUCACCUGGAGAUUUAUCAAGUGAACAGGCUAUACGGAUGGUUGCUUUAUUUGACAAUGAAGAGGUUGGUUCAGGCUCAAUUCAGGGGGCUGGUGCUCCAACCAUGUUUCAGGCUAUGAGACGUAUAAUUAGUUGCUUAGCUGACAAAUAUGUUGGUGAAGGUGCUUUUGAGCGUGCAAUUCGCAAAUCAUUUCUUGUGUCAGCAGACAUGGCUCAUGGUGUACACCCAAAUUUCAUGGACAAGCAUGAAGAACACCAUCGACCAGAAAUGCAAAAGGGACUCGUUAUCAAGCAUAAUGCAAACCAACGCUAUGCUACUAGUGGAGUUACAUCUUUUCUUUUCAAAGAAAUUGGCAAAAUCCACAACCUUCCAACUCAGGAAUUUGUGGUGAGAAAUGAUAUGGGAUGCGGAUCUACCAUAGGUCCCAUACUAGCUUCAGGGGCUGGUAUUCGUACUGUUGAUUGUGGCAUCCCUCAACUUUCCAUGCACAGUGUUAGAGAGAUAUGUGGGAAGGAAGAUAUAGACAUCGCUUACAAGCACUUCAAAGCAUUUUACCAAACUUUCUCCAGCAUAGACAAGAAGCUGAAUGUAGAUUCGUAACAAGAACUUCGUUGAAGCGAAAGUCUAGCAAGACAGUUUGGGCACAUGGAGGUUGCAUCUGUUCAAUUACGGUUUACUGGAAUUGAUGGAAUCUGAGGAGGAAGCAGAACUAACAUCAAUGUCAGGACUACCUCUUAGCUUUGUGUCGGCCUUGGAGAGUUUUUGCUUCAGCUCAGAUAACAAAGCCUGGUUCUCCUGGUUGAGCACUUGAGCUUUCUUCCUUAGCAUUUCAUUUUGUCGGAUUAUAUAACAGUUUUGCAAAUGUAUCUGCGAGUUCAGCUUCUCCAUACCAAAUUGUUGGAUUAAAUGAACUAAUGUUGUUGGAGAAACAGAGUGAGGAACUUAAUUUCAAUUGGACAUAUAAAUACUA